UGAGUCCUCCGUUAGACAUCCAGCUGGACACGGUCAACUGCACCGCCUUCAGCGUGCGAUGGAAGAUGCCCCGGCGCCACGUGAGCACCAUCACUGGAUACAAGGUUUUCUAUACGGAGAUGAAGAGCGGCCGUCCCGUGGGUGCAGCCUCUUUGAUGGAGGUGCCUCUCAGCCUGGACAUGCUGACCACUGGGCAAUUCGACGGACAAGCAAGCUUUGAUGUGGACAUCGCCAACCUAAAGGUGAACACAAAGUACAGAGUGAGUGUUGGAGCGUAUGGUUGGGCAGGAGAGGGCAGACCCAGCAUGCCCCGAGACAUCAGCACCGCUUCACAUGAAAUGUGCAUGCCCCCGUCCCCCCCGACUCAGCCGGUUGUCAUGGCUGUGUCUGACACAGAGCUGGCGUUGUCAUGGCAGCAAGGAGAGAGCGAGGGAAGCUCACCUGUCCUUCACUUCCUGGUGGCCUACAUCAGGCCGGAGAUGGACACGGAGUGGACGUAUAUCCGCGAGCCCAUAGAGUCCAACUCCAUGGUUCUGAAGGGGCUGUUGCCAGAAACGGAGUACCAGUUUGUCAUCAGAGCGGUCAACGCACACGGAGCUAGCCCACCCAGCCACAUCAACAACCCCGUGCGCACUCUAGGUGCAUCAGAGGUCGGCAGUGGUGAUUAUGGACGUUACAUCACAGAUUCAAGGAUCAAAGAUGAAGACGGCUUCGACGUUGAUGACUCUGAUUAUGACAUCUUCAUUGAGGAGUUGAAGCCAUUCCCAGGUAUCAAUCAGGACAACAGGAAGUCUCAGCUCCGUUCACGGUCCGGUCCGCCGUCUGGUCGAAAUGUCGUGUACCGCAUGAACACCAUCGCUCCUCCCAACGUCACCGCCCCUCCGGCUUCCUCCUCCUCCACCACCACCACCUCGUCCAUCUUCCAGGACUUCACAGAUCUGAUUUUCGCGAUCACCUCAGAGCGAAGCACCACGACCGCUGCCCCACUGAGCACCACCAGCCCCACUUUGCCCACCACCACCACCACGCCGACCAUGUCCCCCUGGAAAGGCAAGGUACCUCGUGUGUACGACCUGACCUGCGACGACACCGUGUGCCCCCCUGACAGCUUCUGUCUCAGCGAUUACGAAGGCGGAGGCUCCCGCUGCCACUGUAACCUCGGGCGGAGAGGGGACACCUGCUCCGAGGUGGUGGCUGUGAACUUUCCCAGGUUCUAUGGCCACUCUCACAUGACAUUUGAACCCUUGAAGAACUCUUACCAGACAUUUCAGGUCACUCUGGAGUUCAAGGCGGACUCGGAGGACGGCUUGUUGCUCUACUGCGGAGAAAACGAACACGGCCGUGGAGACUUUACCUCUGUGGCUCUGGUGCGAGGCAAGCUGCACUACAGGUUUAACUGUGGUACAGGAGCAGCUCAGAUAGUCAGCGAGAGUCGUAUCGUGGUUGGUCAGUGGCACACAGUCACCGUCUUCAGAGACGGCAUGAGCGGCUGGCUGCGUAUGGACAACGACACACCCAUAUCUGGACGCUCACAGGGUCAGUACACUAAGAUCACUUUCCGUUCCCCGCUGUAUGUGGGCGGAUCCCCAAGCGCUUACUGGCUGGUCAGGGCAACAGGGGCGAAUCGUGGCUUCAUCGGUUGCAUUCAGAGUCUCACCAUCAACAACAAGGCCACAGACAUCAGACCCUGGCCUCUGGGCAGAGCUCUGAGCGGAGCUGACAUAGGCGAGUGCAGCGACAACGUGUGUGACCUGGUCAGCUGUGCCAACGGCGGUGGCUGCUUCGCAAACCGUGCCGACGGCUUCAUCUGCCUCUGCCCGCUCGGCUUCAGGGGAACGCUUUGUGAAGAGAGUUUCUCACUGUCCUCGCCUCUCUUUAAUGAAACUGCGUUCUCGUAUGCCGUCAUCCAGUGGCCUCAGAUCUCUCAGAGUUAUCUGUCCUUUAUGGAGUUUGAGCUGACAUUUCGGCCGCUCAUGCCCGACGGGACCCUGCUGUACAGUGAUGACGCCGGCAGCGGAGACUUCCUGGCUAUCAGCCUGGUGGACAGAUACGUAGAGUUCAGAUUUGACUGUGGCUCUGGAGGAGCUACAAUAAGGAGUGAAGAGCAGAUCAGUCUGGACGCGUGGCAUGAGCUGAGGGUGUCCCGCACGGCUAAGAGUGGGAUCCUGCAGGUGGACAACCAGAGGCCGAUAGAAGGAAUCGCUGAGGGAGCUUUCACUCAGAUCAACUGCAGCUCACCUCUUUAUGUCGGUGGAGUGCCAGAAUAUGAUAAAACCAAGAAGACGGCAGGAGUGAUAAAGCCCUUCACUGGAAUUGUUCAGAAGCUGAUACUCAAUGACCGCACCAUGCCAAUAACAUCCAGCUCCGCCAGUGGAGUCAAUGUGGCGAAUUCAGCACACCCGUGUGUGGAAAGUCCCUGUGCCAAUGGAGGGACCUGCAGGCCAAAGUGGGAUAGUUAUGAGUGUGACUGCCCCCUAGGGUACGAUGGGAGGCACUGCCAGAAAGCUGUGACAGAGGCCAUAGAGAUCCCGCAGUUCAUUGGCCGGAGUUACCUGACAUAUGACAACAGAGACAUCCUGAAAAGGGUGUCCGGGUCCAGGACCAGUCUCUUCAUGCGUUUCAAGAGCACAGCCAAGGACGGCCUGUUGCUGUGGCGAGGAGACAGUCCAAUGAGACCCAACAGUGACUUCCUGUCUAUGGGGCUUCAGGAUGGUGCACUAAUCUUCAGUUAUAACCUGGGCAGCGGUCCGGCUAACAUCGCCGUCAACGGGACCUUUACCGAUGGGAAGUGGCACCGAGUCAAAGCUGUGAGGGACGGACAGUCAGGGAAGCUGACGGUGGACGACUAUGGAGCAAAAACAGGCAGGUCACCUGGAAAGAUGAGGCAACUCAACAUCAAUGGACCGUUAUACGUUGGCGGCAUGAAAGAGAUCGCUCUUCACACCAACAGACAAUACGUCGGCGGCUUGGUGGGCUGCGUGUCCCACUUCACACUCUCCACUGAUUACCACUUAGCGCUGGUGGAGGACGCCGCUGAUGGCAAGAACAUCAACACCUGCACCAACUAGAAGACGGCUCCAGUACAGCGGCUUUUCUUUUUUUUUUUUUUUGUCCACCUGGAGCAAGCACCUCGACCAACUGAUUUGUCAUCCUGAAACUGACUAAUCAGAGUGAAAAAACUGAAAACAAUUUAAAUUUUUGUUCUACCAAUUCAAAGCUGACGUGGUUAAAAACUCUCUGAAAAACAGUUCGGACACAUGGAAACAGUAACAAAACAAAAAAAGAAAAGAAAAGAAGCGACCAGAGGAUUUUACAAAGCACAAGUACUCUGUGAGAGGAGAGGAAAAAACUUAGCAUUGUGGGUAAUGAGGGUCUCUGAAAUACCUUUUUGAAGGACGUUUUUUUUUUUCCACGGGACGAUUCUAAUUGUAUCUUUAUUUUUUUCUACUGUAAUUCCUCCUUAUUCGAUUGCUGGAAGAACCGAGUGACCCAUUGGAUCAAGAGUCAUCAAGUUUUUCAUGAACCUGACCUAGAGCAGCUAGCACAGAUAAACUUCUUUGUAGAGGAUUUUGGUCUUAGAGGACGUCUGUUGUUUUUGUCGUCGUGGCAUUUGUAUUCUUGCUCGUGUUGUUAUUAUUAUCAGUCAGUAGACUACAUUUUUUUUUGGAAAGUCUGAUUGAUGUCAGUUUUUUUUUUUUUUUAAUGGUUUUUAGUUUUGAAGGGUGAAGAUGUCAGCUGCUCACAUCAUCCGUGUUUCCCUGUACCGUCUUUUUUAGUUUACACACUCGUUUAUUUUUGAACCCUCAGAUAUUAGUCACACGGUGAAGCAGCUGAAAUCCUGGCGAGACUGUCAGAUACUAUCAUGUGACACGAUCCACAGUACAGUGGACUGCAGCCUUCAAGCUGAGAAAACAGAUCAUUUCUUUUACUGAAGCAUUUGCAGUUCGAGCUGUCAGUGUAGCGCUUUCCCAUGCCUAAGCUUUACUUUAUAAAAGGGACAUUCUGCGAAUGUUCCGUCUAUUCUUUCUCUUGUUUUUGAGUGAUUGAGGGUCGAAGUAAAUAUUGUUGGCCCCCCAUCACAAACUUACAAAUAAGAUCUACACCCUUAAAAGCUUGAGCUCAGAACAAAUCAAGUAACACAUUGACAUUUAAUACACAAGUUCACAUCUUGAAUUUAUUUAAGAAGAAUAAAAGAAAGUCCUGAGGCAUUUCCAACAAAUCUACCACGUCCCCAAAGCAUUUCAGAUUAGGUGCAUCCCAAUGAAAUCCACCGUGUGACUGUGGAAUGUGAAUGAACAUGAGUGACAUAUUCCACCCCCGAGUGAGAAGAUGACAAAAUGUUUAUGCAUCUUGUGUUUGUUGAAUAUUUGGUCAACCGUAGACAGUAGGCACAUGUUGAUGUAGCAUCUGAGAUGGCAGCUUUAAAGCUUUAAAGGAGCAAUUCGUGAAGCCGGAUGAUCCAAAUAUCUGCAAAGGAGGACUACUUUUGGGCGGAAGAGACCAAGCACGCAGGAAGUGUGCACGUCCCAAAACGUACGACUGCUCGAGCCUUAAUAUCCUCUUUGAUAUCUCAAUAAUCAAGUUAGUGGUCCUGAGGAAGUGUAUAUAGGUGUCACAGCCGGUUGUAGGUGAGUUUGGAAAUGUACCUCUACAGGCUUGCCGUCACAUCACAUCGCAAGACAAUGAACUAGAAAUGCAUUGAAUAAAAUUAAAGUUGAUUUGCAACAAUCUGC